CAAGCUACCUAAAUCCGUGUUGAAGCUUAAGAGGUUUAUCUUUUAACCAAUUUAAAAGGUUCUAGCGGACGGUCGGACACUUUUUAGACUAUAAAAUCUUAUAUAUAGGUAAAGAUUUGUUCAACUCUUGCUUCUGAGCUACAAGAACGAGAGCUCAUGUGACUAGAUGCGAUCAACGCUGAUAUAUUGGAUUUUCUCUCUUAGUGAGCUGUACCCUAUAAGUGAAGGUACUAGUCCUGCUCCAUGAUUUUAUUCAGCUUUCUGAGCUUGCUAGUAGACGCACUGGCCAGACAUGAAAUCAGCUCAGCACAGAAAAUCAUGGACAUCUGCCAUUCUGCAGUGGCAUGGGACCAGGUCUCAUUGGCGGCAUUGUUUUUUUGGGUCCAGGACCACAAGCCCGAUUUCGGAAUCUUCAAGCUGCAUUGAAGCGGUCACAGCCUAUGCACAUUGUCUUAGCAGUCCCGUUUUAUUCCUCGAGAUUUGCGCUUUUAGCUAUCGUAUUGUUGCUCCUGCGGCGGUCCGCCCCACCUCCCCUUCCAAUAUAACAGGUGCAGAGCGGAACUGUGGGCGAGGUUCCCAGAAUGCAGGCAAAAUUGAAUCCAAUAUAGCACACGGUAUGGAAAUGACAACUCACAAAGUUGGAUUGACAUUGGCCAUCCAAAAAUACUUCGGCUACUUUUUUUCUAGUGGGGCGUGGUGGCCCAGAGGUGAGAAAACGGAUGGAGAUGUCGUACGGGAAUAAAGACGAAGACGAAGACGAAGAGGAAGGAGGUGGUUUGGCGGAAUAGAAGAGAGUAGGUGGUGGUUAGGGAGUUGGAAGGGAUAAGAAGAAUAGGCUCGAUUAUUUUACUCGCCAGCCGAUGCCCAUGGUAU